AUGGCGGAGCCUGAGGGAAAGGUUUGGCCAAAUCUCGGGCGAGGUACUCUUACUCGGAGUCGACCUACGUUUCUAACGCGGACCGCCACCGAUGAGGCCGCUCAACUGCUGAGAAGAUCUUCUUUCCCUGUUGAGGGCACUGAGGGGGAAGCUCGUCCAUCUUCUGCUCACGAUGGAACCCUUCAUGGUGAAUCGCGGCCACCCACAUCGACAUCGGCCAUUUCAAAUGUCUCGGCUACCAUCAAUUCUGAGCAUCGUUCCUCCACUCCUUCUGGCUAUCGCACUUCUGACCGUUCCAAAGACAACCCAGAAGCUCGAAACUCAGAGCCGAGCAAUUUUUCAAAGGGCCAAUCUCCCAUCGACACUUUGGCAGACCCUCCAUCAGACUUCAACCCGAAACCCGAAAAGUCACCUCUACCAAGGGUGGGAUCUUUGCGCCCCGUUGGAGGUACAGAAAAGCUGGACACUUUCUCUGGUGUCUUUGUACCAACAAGCUUGAACGUCUUGAGCAUUCUUAUGUUCAUUCGCUUCGGUUUCAUUCUGGGUCAAAGUGGCGUCGUUGGCAUGCUCGCUAUGUUGUCUGCGGCAUACCUGAUCAAUCUUGUCACCACCCUGUCUAUCUCUGCCGUCGCUUCAAACGGUACCGUGCGCGGCGGAGGUGCGUAUUAUUUGAUAUCCAGAUCCUUGGGCCCCGAGUUCGGCGGUGCGAUUGGCAUUGUCUCAUAUCUAGGCUUUGUCUUCAAUACGGGCAUGAAUGCCGUCGGCCUGAUAGACUGUUUGAACUACAACUUCGGGUCAGAGUCUGGCAACUGGACCAACACUUUGCCUGAGGGUCCGUGGUGGCAAUACCUGUGGAGCACGAUAGUCGUCGUCGCUUGUGUCGGAAUAUGCCUUGCUGGCAGUGCCAUCUUUGCUCGUGCCAGCAACGCUCUCCUCCUUGUUCUUCUCGUUGCAACUUUUAGCAUCCCCUUGUCCGCCAUCCUGCGUCGGCCAUUUGAGACCACCAAGCAAUUCACUCAUUUCACCGGUCUCAGCGUACAAACCCUGCGCUCCAACUUGCUUCCACGAUUUACCAAAGGCGCUGCGGGAAGCCAGUUGCCAGGCAGAGAAAAUUAUCAAGAUCUCUUCGGUAUUCUUUUCCCUGCCACUGGCGGUAUUCUUGCUGGUGCAAGCAUGUCAGGAGACCUCAAGAACCCCAGCACUUCAAUCCCUCGCGGUACUCUAGGGGGUCUUGGCCUGACAUUUGUCUCUUAUGCCCUUGUUAUUCUCGCCAUGGGUGCAAGCAUUACUCGAGAGUCUUUCUACAAAAACGUGAAUGUGGUGCAAGACACCAACCUCUCUGGAGGUUUGAUACUUGCAGGUGAAAUCUCCACAACCUUCUUUUCGGUACUGAUGGGCAUCAUCGGCCCAGCCAAACAACUCCAGGCUAUCGCAAGGGAUCGCGUCAUGCCAGGUCUCGCCGUCUUUGGCCAGGGCACCAAAACGACGGAUGAUCCGGUCUACGCAAUAUUCUUCACUUUUGCUGUUGCCCAGCUCACGCUACUUCUUGACAUCAAUCGUAUCGCAUCCCUCAUCACAAUGACCUACCUAAUGACAUUUUUCGCUCUGAAUGUAGCGACCUUCCUUCUCAAGAUCGGAUCGGCUCCCAAUUUCCGUCCUUCAUUUCAUUACUUCAACUGGUGGACAGCCGCCGCAGGCGCGUUGUUGAGCGCUGGCAGCAUGUUCUUCGUCGACGGCCUGUCGGCGUCGGGUUCGGUGUGCAUUUUACUCGUUUUGAUCAUUGUCAUUCAUUAUACGACGCAACCAAAACCCUGGGGCUCAAUAUCGGAGGUCCUGAUCUAUCACCAAGUUAGGAAAUAUCUCUUACGCCUCAAAUCUGAGCACGUCAAGUUUUGGCGACCACAGAUACUACUUUUCGUCAAUGACCCAAGGCGGGGAUACAAACUUAUUCAAUUUUGCAACUCCCUGAAGAAAGGUUCGCUCUUCAUCAUCGGCCAUGUUAUUGUAACUCAAAAUUUUGGAGCUUCGGUUCCUGAGGCUCGACGCCAGCAAGCGGCGUGGAAUAAGUACAUCGACUUCUCUAAAAUCAAAGCGUUUGUUAACGUCGCCAUUUCACCUUCCAUUGAAUGGGGGGCACGAAACAUCUUUUUGUCUGCAGGCCUUGGGAGUAUGCGUCCAAACAUUGCGAUUUUUGGAUUUUACAACAUCCAGCAAUUCCGAUCGGAGCAACCUAUGGUCGACGUACCAAGUCCACCACCCGAACGUAAACAUGCUUCUAUCAAGCGUCGACGUGCGAGCAGAAGUCAAGUGAGGGGCGAGCUGCCCACUGAUCAAUGUUUUGUGGAGAAACGUACAGACGUGCAGAGCUAUGUGAUGGUUCUGGAAGACAUGAUGUUGAAACUGCAGACCAAUGUGGCCAUUGCUGUGGGGUUCAGUGACUUGGAAUUGCCCAAUCCUAAGCAGGGAAACACGAAGAAAUAUAUCGACCUGUGGCCGAUACAAAUGACCGCGGAGAUGGAAUCGGAAGGUGGAGGAACAUCCAAAAAUGUCCAAACAACAAACUUCGAUACGUAUACGCUGAUUCUACAACUUGGAUGUAUUCUCAACACAGUUUCGUCAUGGAAAAAAUCAUAUAAUUUGCGAGUUGCAGUCUUUGUUGAAUACGAGUCAGACGUGGAAGAAGAACGAUCUCGAGUGACCUCGCUGCUACAAAAUCUUCGGAUCGAGGCCGAAGUUUUUGUUUUCUGGUUGGCUUGUGGCGAUUUGAAGUCCUACAAUCUCAUCGUCAACGGGCACGAUGUCGACGAGGAUUCACUGGACCAGUGCAACAAGGUUCUUGAGGAUGAAUUAUGGUGGCGGGAACUCCAAGCAGUCCGAGGCAAGAUCAAUCGAUCUGGUGACAUCAGUGCUGCUGAAGCAGUGUCUAUCGCAGAAGAUUUCACCUGGCCAAGCUCACUGCCGAACAGAAGGGAAAAUUCUAUCAUUCACUACGAAGGCCUGCGAAAAAUUCUGACCCGUCCAAACAAGCGACCCUCGUUCGCAAAUCUGUCCAGCUUAGGCGUCAGCCUCACGAUGAGAACUUCACGACUGGACGAUGAUAUGUUGAGUCGACAUGCUUCACAUCCCAGCGAUUCCGAAGGCUUUGAUUCUGAAUCGGAUGAAGAGCUCGAAGUUGAGCAAUCCGAGGUCAGUUCCUCGGACGAAGACGGGGAUUAUGAGGGCUCAGCACUUCUUCGGUCGAAAACACCGUCAAAAUCGAAAUCGUCCUCGAAAAAGAGCAGCCGGGCCAGCUCCAAAAAGUCGCUGCAGAAGCACAAGCAAUACGUAGCUUCCAUGGCCAACAACAGAAGAGCUUUCUCGAGCUCUCCGGACGCUCUCAUUCAAUUUGACGAUGAUGUCCGAUAUGACUCGCCACAGAAUACAGGUAGAGGACGAAAGUACGGCUUGACGGAAGGCAAUUCUCCAUCUCGCGCAACGGUGUCACCUGGUCAUAGUCUGAAUGUAGCCGGAUCCACCAGAUCUCGUGCCACAUCACCCAGUUUCACAUCUUCACCAGUGCCACGUGCUGAAAUUGCAGAGGAAGAAGGCGCUGGUCCAUCCAUCAUGUUCGCCGACGACCCUCAUCCACGACGUCAAAAAGCGGAGGAGAUAUCUGCUGAUCUCGGUCGCUCCAUCUAUCAGCGCAAAGUGGACGAGAGCAACGGCAUUCCACCUAGCAACCCCAAAGCAUCUGGAUUUCCUUCGGCUGCAUCGAUCCAACUAUCCUUCAAUGAUCUCCCAUCACGAGCUCAACACUUGAUAUUGAACGAGUUGAUCUCACAGAACAGUGAUGAUACAGCAGUCAUCUUCACAACCUUACCGGCUCCAGGCGAGGGGACGUACCGCAGCGAGACGGAUAGUUUGGGAUACGUGAGCGACUUGGAGGUCUUGGUUGGGGGACUCCCACCUACAUUGUUGGUGCACAGCAAUAGCAUGACAGUUACGACGAAUUUGUAG